AAGAUAUUCAAAGAGAAUAUAGUAUUCACUAAUAAAUUGAAUGAUGAAUACUAUGAACGAGUGCUCGAAUCGUGUGCUUUAGUGCCAGACUUGACUCAACUUCCGGACAGAGAUCUCACAGAAAUUGGUGAAAAGGGUAUCAAUUUGUCCGGCGGUCAGAAACAGAGGGUUUCAAUGGCGAGGGCUGUCUAUGCAGACAGAGAUAUCUAUUUACUCGACGACUCGUUCACGCUGUCGACACACAUGUGGGCAAACAUUUGUUUGAGAAAACUAUUGGAAGAAAAAGUUUAUUAAAAAACAAAAUAAGAAUUUU